AUGUCUUUCUUCGCUGGCUUAUGUGGGUGCUUCGCCCGAGACGAGGCGGACGAAAAGUCCCCCCAGCAGUCAUUACCAGAGACUGCCGAGCGAAGACCAAACCACACUGGAGUCCAAACAGGGAGCUUCACUCUGUCCUCCAGUGGCCAGUUCAUGCGCACAGAGAGUCCAGCUGGGGUCAAUGGGCACGGACCGCCCACUGACUCGGAGGAUGGGGGCUAUUCCAGCGUAGUCCCACUUCCGGAGUACACAGCCCGUCCCAUGAGCCUUCACGAGAAGACUCUCGAAUCUCACAUGCGUGAUCCAUCAGUCUCAUCCGAGACACUAUCCUACCCACACGAUGAAAAGGACCGUCAUAUUUACGACGAGGAAGUCACCUCUGACAGCUCCUCAGCUAUAUCCUUUCCGAGCAGCUUCGGCAACACCUCGACUGCAACAAGAGAGACUCCUCCUCCGCCUUAUUCCCCUCGCCACUCUGUAAUGCUGAGUCGGUCCCGGUCCAUGUCUAUCUCAUCCGCCAUGGCGGUUGUCAUCAACCCUCCUCCUUCGGCCCGUUUGGCCACCUCACGGACUGGACCUACCUAUUCCGAGGAGGACAAUAGGUCUAUUCGUCGCCAUAGACGGGUCUCUUGGGAAAGUCGGUAA